GCUGCCAUCUAGCGGCGGAGCGGCCGAUGAGCACUUCCCGUGACGCAGAGAAACGCGGUAAAACGGUAUUCCGGUCAUCCGGUCCCCCUUCUCAUCCUCAUCAGCAGCGGCAGCAGAGCAGCAUGGCUUCCUCCGACAGCACCAUGAGCUUGAACGGCCAAAGACAGAGCGUCGUCCUGAACGGGGAGCCGGUGGUGAAGCGGCCGCGGGAGAGCGCCCUGCAGCCGGACCCGUCGCUGCGCAUCCCCCUGGAGCCGCAGAACAAAGUGACCGUGGUGCUCGGGGCGCAGUGGGGCGACGAGGGCAAAGGGAAAGUUGUGGACCUGCUCGCCAUGGAUGCGGAUAUCGUCUGCAGGUGUCAGGGGGGCAACAAUGCAGGUCACACAGUGGUGGUGGACUCGGUGGAGUACGACUUCCACCUGCUGCCCAGCGGAGUGCUCAACAAGAAGGCGGUCUCCUUCAUCGGAAACGGAGUGGUGAUACACCUACCUGGUCUGUUUGAGGAGGCUGAGAAGAACCUGCAGAAAGGCAAAGGAUUACAAGGUUGGGAGGAGCGAUUAAAAAUUUCUGAUCGUGCCCACAUUGUGUUCAACUUCCAUCAAGCUGUUGAUGGAAUCCAGGAGCAGCAGCGGCAGCAGCAAGAAGGGAAAAAUUUGGGAACCACAAAAAAGGGUAUCGGCCCUGCUUACUCCUCCAAAGCAGCUCGGAACGGUCUGCGAGUCUGUGACCUCGUCUCAGAUUUCAAGGCUUUUGAAGACAAGUUUCGUAUGUUGGCGGAACAUUUCCUGACCAUGUAUCCAAAGCUCAAUGUUGACAUUGACAGUGAACUGCAGCAGCUGAAGGGAUUUACUGAGAGACUGCGCCCUCUGGUGACCGACGGGGUGUACUUCAUGCACAAGGCUCUGACUGGAUCCCCUAAGAAGAUCCUGGUGGAAGGAGCCAACGCUGCUCUGCUGGAUAUUGACUUUGGCACAUAUCCUUUCGUGACGUCCUCCAACUGCACCGUGGGAGGAGUGUGCACCGGCCUUGGCGUGCCUCCAUCCUAUGUCGGCCGAGUAUACGGUGUCGUCAAAGCGUACACCACCCGGGUUGGUGUUGGUGCUUUCCCCACAGAGCAGGAUAACGAGACUGGGGCACUGUUACAGUCCAGAGGGCGAGAGGUUGGUGUGACGACGGGCAGACGGAGGCGCUGUGGUUGGCUGGACCUGAUUUUGGUCAGAUACGCCCACAUGGUCAAUGGCUUCUCUGCAAUUGCCCUGACAAAGUUGGACAUUUUGGACACGCUGUCUGAGAUUAAAGUGGGUGUGUCCUACAAAGUUGAUGGAGAACCUCUCCCAAGUUUCCCUGCCAACAUGGACGUUUUGACGCGGGUGUCGGUGGACUACGAGACGCUGCCCGGCUGGGGCUGCUGCACUGAGGCGGCUCGGAGCUUCGAGGAGCUGCCGACACAGGCACAAAACUACAUUCGCUUCAUCGAGAACUUCCUGCAAGUGCCAGUGAAGUGGGUCGGAGUCGGCAAGUCCAGAGAGAGCAUGAUCAAACUGUUUUGAUCCAUCUUCAGUUCACUCACAUGUAAUCCUCCUCCUCAACAACAUUUCAGAUGAUAACUUCAGGUACUGAAAGGAUAACCAGAGGAAUUAAAAAUGCAAACAUGAUCCUAAAGGAAAUAACCUCACCAGCAAGGCUAUGUGUCAAACGAUUAGUCGCUGCUUGUGCAUCACAAUUACUGUCAUCCUUCAUAGAUAUAAUUUAUGCAUUCCACAUAGUGUUUUCUAUAUUUAUUAGGAUGUUCAUUUUUAAAAACCUGGUGCAAGUGGAUCGAAUGGUCACUAUUCCAUUCCCAAGUCAAAAGGGCAGUUUCUUUUUUUUUAGCGUUGGAGCUAAUUAACCUUAACUGACCUUAAUCUGUUCGCCAUGUUAAUUCUUUUUUUUUACACAUAUUUGAAAAACAGAUGUAGGAGCUUACGUGUUCAGGAGUGUCACAAUAAAGCCAGAGAUUAUUUUUAGAUAUUGUGAAGAGAUGGGAGAAUUAUCGAAAGCCAUGCAAUCAGUAUAGUUGUGAACUUUUCUAUUGAACAGUUUUAAAACUUAAAGAACAUGAAAUGCAUCUGGGUUGUUAAGUUUAUAAUCGUAUUUUCAUGAUUGUUAGAAUGAACAUUGUGCUUUUUAAAUAAUCCUCGAGAUAUAUCAACGUAAACGAGCUUGAGUUUAAAUGCAAACGUUUUUCCUGAUAACGGAGGGAAAAUAAGAAAACAUUCCUCAUCCACACAGAGACAUUGGUGUGUGUUUGUGUGUAGAUGUAAAGAAAACAGUGGGCGGUAACGGACCAGAGCACAUCUCAAUAUGACAUUCAACUCAUGUCAAUAAAGCAAAAGACUCUUGUUGAGCUUUAUUAUUAUGCUAUUAUCAAUAAAAGGAAACUAACAUGUAAA